AUGGCCGAGCCCAACACCAAAUCUAGAUCCCUCUCCCUCUCCCUCUCCCUCUCCAGAUCCGGAUCCAAGACCGAGACCGAGACACAGACCAAAACGGGGCCCAGAACCAAGUCCGACCUAUCACCAAACUCCAAAGGCAAAGCUGCAGAGAAGUACUGGCGGGUAGGCGAGACGGCUCUCGGGCCGGGUGAGGGGUGGUAUGGCGCGGCAACGCAAGCUCACGUUGGAGAUGGAGGGGAGGGCGCGGUGGGCACAACAACAGCAGCCCGGGCUGCAGCGGCAGCAGUGAUGGUGAAUGCGGAGGCGAAUGUGAAGGAACAGGCGAAGGUGAAGGCAAUGGCUAUGGCAAUGGCGCAGAGUCGUCAGAUGAACGGCAGGACUGGAUUGUCGGUGAAUGGAGUUGAGAUCGAGGAGGAGGCUGCCUCGAGUGAGUUCGGGCCUGGUGAAGCGUGGUAUUCGAUGGGGAAAGCCGGGUAG